AGGCCGCGCCGGCUCUGGCUGGCCGGGGUCAGGCCAGGCUGCGGCCUGUAGUGCCAGCAGAGCGCAGUCCGAUGGGAACGGAACCGGGCGGUGUCCCCCGCUCACUUGCCUGCCUCUCGCCGCAGCCGGAACCACAGGGCCUCACCAUGCCGGUCACGGAGAGGCUGCGGGAGAUGAUGAAGCGAGCCCGGCGGGAAGUGAGCGGGAACGGGAGCAUGACCCAGCUGCUGGCCGGCUCUGCCAAGAAGGUGCUGCUGCAGAAGAUCGAGUUCGAACCCGCCCGCCGGAGCUUCUCCGAGCAGCUGCAGAGGCUGCGGGGCAAGUACGUGCGGCUCAACUCCCCAGCCAAGGCUGCCGGAACCCAGUGUGGCCCCAAGGAGGAGCAGCAGGUCAAGCGGGAGAGCAGCGAUGCCCCAGCGGGCCCAGGGGACAGGAUCCCUGCUCCCCAGAAGGUGCUCUUCCCCAUGGAGCGCCUGUCCAUGGAAUGGGAGAAGAUGUACCGAAUUGGUGCAGGACUGUGUAACCUCGGGAACACAUGUUUCCUGAACUCCACCGUGCAGUGCCUCACGUACACCCCACCACUCGCUAACUACCUGCUUUCCAAGGAGCACCGCUGCACCCGUGACCAAGGCAGCUUCUGUAUGAUAUGUAUCAUGCAGAACCACGUGGCUCAGGCUUUUGCCAACAGUGGGAGUGUGAUAAAGCCGGUGGCCUUUGUCCGAGACCUCAAAAAGAUCGCUGGGCACAUGCGCUUUGGUCAGCAGGAGGACGCACAUGAAUUCCUGCGUUACACCAUUGAUGCUAUGCAGAAGUCCUGCCUGAGUGGCUGCACCAGGUUGGAUUGUGAGACCCAGGCAACGACACUGGUCCACCAGAUCUUUGGCGGCUACCUGCGAUCCCGUGUGAAGUGUGCUGCAUGCAAGAGAAUCUCGGACAAGUACGAGCCUUUCCUGGACCUGGCACUGGAGAUCUGGCAAGCCCGAAACCUACGGGAGGCACUGGAGCUGUUUGUUAAGCCUGACCUGCUGGGUGGGGAGAACUCCUACCUGUGCACAGGAUGCAACAACAAAGUGUCGGCAACAAAACGCUUCAGCAUCCACCGAGCCUCCAACGUUCUCACCAUCUCACUGAAGCGGUUCUUCAGUGGUGGACAGAAGAUCACCAAGGCCGUGCCGUACCCUGAGUUCCUCAACAUCCGCCCGUACAUGUCGGAGAACAAGGGGGAUCCUGUAAUGUAUGGACUCUAUGCAGUGCUGGUACACUCUGGGUACAGUUGCCAUGCCGGGCACUACUACUGCUAUGUGAAGGCAAGCAAUGGGCAAUGGUAUCAGAUGAAUGAUAGUAUGGUGCGCUGCAGCAAUGUCAAAGUGGUCCUCAACCAGGAGGCUUACCUGCUGUUCUAUGUGAGACUCUCCAGCCCAGAGAAGAGCUUGGACAGUCCCAUUGCCACAGCUGUCUUGAAGCUGACUGGCUCCAAGGGCACCGUCUCCAAAGAGGCAAAGAGAAUUGUGAGCCACAGGCCCCUGUUCCCAUCACUGGGACGCAGUGUGCAGCCAGAGAAGAGGGGGCCAGGGCCGGAGGUCGGGGUGCCUGUGGACCGCAGCACAUGGAGUACGGGACCAGAGCUACAGAACGGCCCCACCCCAGUGAAGCUGCCCAUUACAUCGCUGCCAGCUGCAGCAGCCUUCAAAGCCACCUGCAUGGGCACAGCGCUGCCCAGUGCUGCAGUCCAGAGCCCAGAGCCUCCUAGGUCCAAGUCACCCCUCGGCUCCAGCAGCACCAGUGGAACAAGCUCAGCUAAAGCAGAUCAUCCUCAGCAGAGCUCCUGGCAGGAAAGGAUGCCACCUGCUCGGGCCACAUCCCCACUGCUGCUGGGCCUCACCCAGCAGCCCAGGAGCACUGGGCACAGAGCCCGUGACUCAGGGAAGGACUUGGGAAGCAGCAAUGCUGCCAGCCCAGCGCCUGCUGCAGUGGGGAAGCUGGGCACAGUUUCUCAGGAGGCUGGGAGCAGAACCAGCAGCUCCAGCACCUCUCAGGAGAUGGACUGUGGCACCGACAUCCCCAGUGUGGAGCCAGCUGCUCCCACAACCAUCAGGCGCAGGAAGGUGAAAUCUGCCUGGUCAGCCAGUGCUGCUGUGGGGCAGAGCAGCAGCACAUCACCAUCACCGCCCAAGCAGCUGGUGCUGCCUGCCAGAAAGUCCCCGCAGGGCAGGAAGCUGCACAGGAGUGCCCACCACACGUGGCCUCGCGUGCAAGUCGCUGGCAGCAGCUUCUCACCGAACAGCAGCUGCCCCAGCUCCACUCUGCUGCCUUUGGGCAUGCACAGCAGGGAGGAGUCCAGCCCGGUCACCACUGGCUCCUUCGCAAAGAAGAGGCAGCACGAGGCAGGCAGCAGCCUUGGUGCUCCAGCACUCGAGGAGGAGGUCUGUGUCCCUCCUCACAAGAAGAAGAAGAAGGGACUUUCCACUGCAGAGGCCUCGGAGUCCGUGGAGGGGCCGGAGGCAGCAGGUCCCAGCCGUGUUGGGGAGGCACUGGGCUCGCAGGCCCCGGAGCGCUGGCUCCCGUCAUCCCUCCGUGCCCACCCAGACCGGGAGCCCACCUGUGCCUCAAGGAGGGAAAAGAAGAGGAGGGUGCAGGAGAGCUGCAGUGUGGCUGCCGUGGAGCCCAGGAAAGCAAAGAAGCAUCGAACAGAGGCUGACAUGGCCAGGCACCACAAGCACAAGUGGAGGGGAAGUGCCAGCAGUCAGGCCACAGGGGAGCCGGCUGCUGAAGUCGUCUGUGCUGCAGGCCAGCGUGCUGCUUCUGCAGCAGAGGAGCCUUACAAUAUCCAGGAAGAGGAUCAGCUCCUCUGCAGACAGGUGGAGGGGCGAAGAUUUACCCCCAGCUCCUCCCUGCCCAGGACAGGCUCCUUGGCAGCAGACACUGGGGCUGGGCACAGUCACUGUCCUGCCCAAAGGCCUGCACAUGACCGUGGGGCUGGCAAAGCACCAACGACCCAGCUGGAGCCCACAGUGGUGGAGCAGCUGCUUGUUGACUCCUUGGACAAAGCUUACGGCAAACAAGUCUUGACCUGGAAUGGCGGCGUCUCGGCCGUCAGUUGGGAUGCCAUUCAGUCUGCAGCCUCAGCCCGCAGGAAGACCAUCAUCGAUGAGUGGGAUGAGGAGUUUGACAGAGGGAAGGUGAAGAAGGUUAAAAAGCGGAGGAGGGAGCAGAGACACCACAACCCCUUCCAGUGGCUGCAGCGCCAGCGCAGCUUCUGGGCAGUGACACAUCCGGCCAAGGCAGCGAGCCUGCGCCACCGGCUCUGAGCCUGAAUGCCAGCGAGCAGGAGGAGCAGCCCCUGCCAUGGAGCCCUGUCCUGGGAGCUGCUGCGGAUGGAAGAGGACACUGCUCCUCACAUCUCCACCAUGCUCCAUGUCCCUGCCUUCUGCUGUGAAGCAGCCCAGAAGGACCGUGCCUUGUCCGGGCUCCUUCAGCAGGUUCCCUGUGCCUAGGGCUGGAGCUGCCCUUUCUCCUCCCCCCCAGCCCU